GUGAAAACAGUGAGCUACACUCCGAGCGACUACCACACUGGCACAGGACAGGACAACACAGGCCAGGCUAGUGAGGCUGCUUAGAUAAAUACAAAGAUUACCGUCAAGAUGUCCGACAUGGAAGAUGAUUUCAUGUGUGAUGAUGAAGAGGACUAUGAUUUGGAAUACUCGGAAGACAGCAACUCGGAACCUAACGUAGACCUGGAAAACCAGUAUUAUAACUCCAAAGCCCUGAAAGAGGAUGACCCCAAAGCAGCACUUAGCAGUUUUCAAAAGGUCUUGGACCUAGAAGGAGAGAAGGGAGAAUGGGGAUUCAAAGCACUCAAACAAAUGAUAAAAAUCAACUUCAAACUGACCAACUUUCCAGAGAUGAUGAACAGAUACAAACAGCUGCUAACGUACAUCCGAAGCGCAGUUACCAGAAACUACUCAGAGAAGUCCAUCAACUCUAUUCUGGACUACAUCUCUACCUCCAAACAGAUGGACUUGCUCCAGGAGUUCUAUGAAACAACAUUGGAGGCUUUGAAAGAUGCCAAAAAUGACAGAUUAUGGUUUAAAACAAAUACAAAGCUGGGUAAACUGUAUCUGGAGAGAGAAGAGUAUGGAAAACUACAAAAGAUCCUCAGACAACUACACCAGUCAUGCCAGACGGACGAUGGGGAGGAUGACCUGAAGAAGGGCACGCAGCUGUUGGAGAUCUACGCCCUGGAGAUCCAGAUGUACACGGCCCAGAAGAACAACAAGAAACUGAAGGCCCUCUACGAGCAAUCGCUCCACAUCAAAUCCGCCAUCCCCCAUCCACUUAUCAUGGGAGUCAUCAGAGAGUGUGGCGGAAAGAUGCACCUCAGGGAGGGCGAGUUUGAGAAGGCUCACACAGACUUCUUUGAGGCCUUCAAGAACUACGACGAAUCCGGCAGCCCGAGGAGAACCACGUGCUUGAAGUACCUCGUCCUUGCCAACAUGCUGAUGAAGUCCGGGAUCAACCCCUUUGACUCCCAGGAGGCCAAGCCAUACAAAAAUGACCCUGAGAUCUUAGCAAUGACAAACCUAGUAAGCGCCUACCAGAAUAAUGACAUCACAGAGUUCGAGAAAAUCUUGAAAACAAACCACAGCAACAUAAUGGACGACCCAUUUAUUAGAGAGCACAUAGAAGAACUUUUAAGAAACAUCAGAACCCAAGUGCUUAUCAAACUCAUCAAGCCAUACACGAGAAUACAUAUCCCUUUCAUUUCCAAGGAACUGAACAUCGAUGUUUGUGACGUGGAGAGUUUGCUGGUGCAGUGCAUCUUGGACAAUACCAUCCAUGGCCGAAUUGAUCAAGUGAACCAGCUACUAGAACUGGACUACCAGAAGAGAGGAGGUUCUCGCUACACAGCUUUAGACAAAUGGACGAAUCAGCUGAACUCGCUUAACCAAGCUAUCGUUAGCAAGCUCACAUGAUUGACGUGUAAAAACAGAGACAAACAGAGCGGCAUGUUGAAUGCGUCCAUACAGUUAUCCUACCAUGCUCCUUUAAGUAUACCGUAUGGUGAUUUACACAUCAUAGGUGUGGGGAAAAUGCCAGCAUUUUCGGGAUGUGAAAAGCUUCCAAGAUCCACAAGAAAAAUCAGUGGAAAAUAUGUUUGACCAGGGGAAAACACUGAUUUCUGUUCUUGCCACAACUUAUUGGCAAACCUUUUUUUCAUAUGCAGAACACAACUGCUUUGUGUUUUGGAAGGGAAGUCCGAAUUGUGUAUAAGUAAUUGUACACAAUAGUCGAUGUAUACUUUUGCUUGGUGGUAAAAAUAAACACAGACUCCUCACAGCACUCAUAAGAAAUGCAUCUGCCUAUGACUAUAGUUGAUUACAUUUUAAAUUGUAUUGAACAGGGCAUGCAUACCCCCUUUGAUUAAGUAGAAGUCUAAUAAAAUGUUUUUUAAUAUAUUCCA